AUGAAACUGGAAGUUACUUGCUCUCAGUUCUGCUUGUUGAUCCCGUCAUCAUCGAUGCUCAUCGCCAGUGGCAAAAUGCUUGUUACUGUUGGUGUUGUUGUCACUGUCCUUGCUCUUGGUGCCCAGUAUUUAUAUGUCAACUAUUAUUACCUCCCAAAUCAAAUUUCUACGAAGUCUAAGCUUCCCACUGUUAGCAGAAAAUCUAAUCCGCGCAUAUGGGGUACUUAUCGAUCACACUUAUAUUUUGGAUUACGAGCCCGAUACGAGACGUCACCACUUUUCGGAAUGAUGUGGUAUCGACAGCCAGUCGAAGGCCAAUUCCCGCAACUGCGGCACUGGUGUGAGCAGAGCAGUGGAGUAGCAAAAUAUGCAUGGGUCUUAGCGGACGGGCAUUCAUUUGGAUUACAAGCGAUUCAUGAUGAACCGUUGGACAUUUUCACAGAUUGGAUAAACGAUGGACCCGUGUGGACAGCUCGUGUAACCACCAUAUCAAAUGUGGAUUCUAAUUUUGCUAUUUUAUUCUAUUUUGCUCUACAGGAUGACAGUUCUAAACUGCGAGCGUUUUAUCAAUAUGGUGAGUUGGAUUAUUUCACGGGAGAGUCGGAUGUGCUUGGGAAUUUCACUGUAAACAUAAAUACAACAGUAAAUCUUGCUUCCAGAUCUUUUCUUGCCAUGAAAACAAACGACGUGCCGGACGUCAGUACUAUGGAGGAUAUAAUCUUGUCGUCCACCUUAGUUGACCGUUCUCGUGGACAACUACGCCUUCCCAGCGCUUUUGUUUCCAAAGGCAGUGUACUCGAAAGCGAACCUCGUCUUAUUGUAUUGCAAUUAAAUGUUCGAUCGAAUUCAUCUACGGAAAUCUCGUUUUCCGUGGGAGAAAAGAAACCCAUAAGAGGCAAUGGCUUUUCAAAAUUGUUAGAGCAGAGAACAAAGGGAUUCAAUAGUAAAUUUGAAGCUGUAUACGGUUUGUCAGCUAAGGGAUAUCCGGAUUUCUACCAAGAACUUGGAAAAGUUGCAUUGUCAAACAUGUUAGGUACAAUCGGCUAUGCACAUGGAUCAAAUCGUGUACAAAGCAGCUAUUCAUCAAAGCACUCACUCUACGGUCCUCACUCCUUGUUAUUUACUUGUCCAUCACGUUCUGUAUUUCCUCGUGGAUUUUUGUGGGACGAAGGAUUUCAUCAACUGCUUCUAAUGAAGUUUGAUCCCGAUUUAUCUUUAGAGAUAAUUGCGUCUUGGUUGGAUACGAUGAAUGUUGAUGGUUGGAUACCAAGAGAAAUGAUACUGGGGAAAGAAGCAGAAUUGCGUGUACCUGUCGAAUUUGUCGUCCAACGCGAUAACAUUGCAAAUCCGCCAAUGCUUUUCUAUUUAAUUGAAAAAUAUUUGGAUCACAGUUAUCAGGAAGAAGUGUUGAAGAAGUUUUACCCUCGAUUAAGGCUCUGGCAUAAGUGGUUGAAUUCCACGCAGUGGGGAAAAAAGAGUGGUACAUAUCGAUGGAGAGGUAGGAAUGCAACAACAAUUGACGAGUUGAAUCCACGAACACUACCAAGUGGUUUGGACGACUACCCGCGUGCAACACAUCCUACUGAUGAUGAAUAUCACGUUGAUUUGAGUUGUUGGAUGGCGCUUUCAGCUCGAGUACUUUCAAAGCUUGCCAAACUUGCUGGAGAUUCGCAGAACGAAGAGCAGUAUUUAGCUGACUAUAAUUACCUUAUGGAUUUGAAUCGCUUUGAUAAUCUUCACUGGAGUCAAGCAAAACAAAGAUAUUGUGAUUACGGACUGCAUAGCAACAGUGUAAAAUUAGAAAAGAAAUUUGAUAGCGAAAAGCUGAAGCGUGAUUCGAGUUACAGUGUUGCAAGUGUGUCAAUGAAACGUGUAGCUAGAGCUUCACCAAAGCUACAACUAGUUGAAGAUGCUUUUGGAUAUGUUUCACUCUUUCCCGUGCUGCUCAAACUUCUUCCUCAUGAUUCUGAUAAAUUGCGAAUUAUUCUCGAAAAUAUUAAAACAGAGAGGUUAUGGUCUGAUUUCGGUUUGCGAUCAAUUGCGCCAUCUUCACCGUACUAUAAAGCUCAUAACACGGAACAUGAUCCCCCUUAUUGGCGCGGAAGUAUUUGGAUUAACAUCAAUUACUUGAUGCUUGCUGCUCUGAAACAUUAUUCCUCAGUGGAAGGACCCAAUCGUGAACUGGCAUUUGGUGUUUAUUCGGAUUUGCGAAACAAUUUGGUUACUAAUGUUGCACGAGAAUUUCGAAGAACAGGGUUUUUGUGGGAAAAUUACAACGAUGAAACAGGUCAGGGCCAAGGUGCUCAUCCAUUCACUGGAUGGUCUUCACUUGUGCUUUCAAUUAUGGCUGAGCAGUACGAUUAG